CUUACACUUGAUGCACUUUGUGAUUUCUCUACAGGCAUCAUGGUGCGCAUGAACGUUCUCGCAGAUGCUCUUAAAAGCAUCAACAAUGCUGAGAAGCGUGGGAAACGCCAGGUCCUCAUCAGGCCCUGCUCCAAGGUCAUUGUGCGCUUUCUGACCGUCAUGAUGAAGCACGGUUACAUUGGUGAGUUUGAGAUCAUAGACGACCAUAGAGCCGGGAAAAUUGUCGUCAAUCUCACAGGCAGGCUGAACAAGUGUGGUGUGAUCAGCCCACGUUUUGAUCUCCAGCUCAAAGAUCUGGAGAAGUGGCAGAACAACCUGCUUCCCUCAAGACAGUUUGGAUACAUUGUGCUGACCACUUCAGCUGGCAUCAUGGACCAUGAAGAGGCCAGACGGAAACACACAGGAGGCAAAAUCCUUGGAUUCUUUUUCUAAAAUGUAAAGAACUGCAAAUAAAAACAAAAAACAACCAGA